AUCAAACAAACAUCGCUUCCCCACAGCCGGGUUGGGAUUAUGAUUGGCUGCCGAUCAGCCGCAGAUCUUUGCUCUGCUCUUGCGCUGGAAACGUAUGACAUAGAGAUGGGCUCACGGGGCCCGUGGGCUUGAGAUCAGUCUAUGCAUGUACUGUAAAGAUUCACGAUCUGCAUCAUUCAGCAUCUGCACGUCCACCCACUGAUUCACAUCUCACCGCGGAACACCCUUGAGAGGAACAGAACACCACCAUACAGCAUGUUCCUACUCCGAGUUAACCAUUUUAAUGUUUAGAACCCGUAUUUUGUGCGACUCUUUCACGUUGGUCAUUGAGAUGCGAUGCGCUCUUCAUUGAGGAGCUGCGGACUUGCGCGAGCGCGUUAUUAUUAAUCAGCUUUCAUAAGGCGCGCGAGCUGGGCGCUUCUGUUAGACAGGUGUUUCGUUUGUGUUUCGACCACCUGCUCUGGUACCAUGAUGUUAGGGCAGUCUCCGCACCUUAUCGGGGGAAUCCUCUGGAUUCAAAGCCCAAUGCGAGCUGUUCACUGCAAUCUGACCCAGAAUGGGAUUGACCAUCAGGUGUGUGCAGAGGAUGUGACCUCACACCUGGAGGAAGUGUCUGUUGAUCAUGGACUGGAUGAUGACAGCCAAGGCUUUCAGGACCGGAGUCCUGGUUUCCAGCGACGAUCUCCACCUCAGCGAUCCGUCUCAGAAUCUGAGCUCUGCAGGCCGGGAACUGUGAAGCUGUCCAAACCAGUGGCGCUGUGGAGCCAGCAGGACGUGUGUAAAUGGCUGAAGAAACACUGUCCCAAUCAACACCAAGUCUACAGUGACUCCUUCAAGCAGCACGACAUCACAGUAGCAUAAUCACACAGUGCUGAUGAGCUGAAGUCCUUUAAUCAAGAGCCGUCGUCCCG